AGCCUGGGAUGGGUUUUCCUAGAAUUAUAGUCUAUGACGGUCUAAUAUCACCUGACCACAGUCGAAUACAAAAACCUCACUAUUAUAAAUUCCUGUCCUCGAGAGCUUUUGUGCCCUUUCGUGUACUUUUACUCGCUUCUUUUUGCUUCGUCUUCAACUGUAGCUGCAGCAAACCAAACCGAGAGAAAGAAGAAACACAGGGAGCGCGUUUUUCUUCGUCCUGAGAAAAUUGUCGAUUAAUGAUGCCUGGCAUGAGUUCCAGCUUAGAAGAAGAUCCAAACAAGGAGUCGUUUGAGGAAGUGGACCCCACCGGCCGAUAUGGUCGGUACAGUGAGCUCCUUGGCUCGGGUGCCGUGAAGAAAGUCUACAGAGCCUUUGACCAGGAAGAAGGAAUAGAGGUCGCCUGGAACCAAGUCAAAUUACGAAACUUUUCGGAUGACGAGACAAUGAUCAACCGGCUGUUUUCCGAAGUCCGCCUGCUUCGAAACCUGAGGAACAAGAAUAUAAUUGCCUUGUACUCUGUCUGGCGGGAUAAGGAGAAGAACACACUGAAUUUCAUAACCGAGGUUUGUACCUCGGGUAACCUGAGGGAGUACCGAAAGAAGCACAAGCACGUCUCGAUGAAGGCCCUCAAGAAGUGGUCCAGGCAGAUUCUGAAAGGCCUGGAUUAUUUGCACAGGCAUGAGCCGUGCGUGAUUCACAGGGACCUCAACUGUAGCAACAUCUUCAUCAAUGGCAACGUUGGUCAGGUGAAAAUUGGCGAUUUCGGAUUGGCGGCAAUAGUUGGGAAAAACCACUCGGCUCAUUCGGUUCUUGGAACACCGGAAUUCAUGGCGCCCGAGCUGUAUGAUGAGAACUACACGGAGAUGAUAGAUAUUUACUCUUUUGGGAUGUGCUUGCUCGAGAUGGUGACACUCGAGCUUCCAUACAGCGAGUGUGAGAAUGUGGUCAAGAUAUACAAGAAAGUGACAUCUGGAGUGAGGCCUCAGGCCAUGAACAAGGUCAAGGAUCUCGAGACCAAAGCAUUUAUUGAGAAGUGUCUUGCUCAGCCAAGGGCCAGGCCCUCAGCUGCCGAGCUCCUCAAGGACCCAUUUUUCAGUCAGAUUUGUGAUGAUGAUGGUGAUGAUGAUGAUGAUGCUAACAGGUGCUGAUAGUUUUUUGUGAUGAUGAUGAUGAUGAAUAAAAUGCUAACAGUUGUCUAUAUUUUUUAUUGAUGAUGAUGAAGAAAUUGCUAACAGAUGUUGAUG